AUGGUGUCUCUUAAGCCCCAGCUGUCCUGGGAGUUGUUGGCCUCAAUUCAGAGAUCUGUCUGCCUCUGCCUCCUGAGUGCUGGAAUUAACAUGUGUCCCAUAGCAUCCAGCUCUACCAGAGUCCUUAAACUGAAUUCAGCGUGAUGUCAGCUUUACAUUUUCAAAAGUUCAGUCCAGCUGUAUUACGAAUUUGUUGAAAGAGGCAGAGGAAUGGAAAUAAUGGUGUGCUUGAAACAAGAAGUAUUGGGAAGUGAUCAUAGAGGAAAAGAUGUUAGAGCAAGAAGAAAAUGGUUUCUUUGACAUGCCAGAUUAUGAACAUACAGAAGAUGAAACUUUUCCUCCCUUCCCACCUCCAGCCUCUCCAGAGAGAGAUCGUGCAGAAGCUGAACCUGAUGAAGAAUCAGGGAGUGGAGCACCUGUUCCUGUGCCGCCAAAGAGAACAGUUAAAAGGAAUCUACCCAAGUUAGAUGCCACUAGAUUAACUUCAGAGAGAGGGCUUCCAGCCUUAAGGCAUGUAUUUGAUAAGGUAAAAUUCAAGGGGAAAGGCCAUGAGGCUGAAGACUUGAAAACGCUAAUCAGACACAUGGAGCACUGGGCACAUAGGCUAUUCCCCAAACUGCAGUUUGAAGAUUUUAUUGACAGAGUUGAAAACCUAGGAAAUAAAAAGGAGGUUCAGACCUGUUUAAAACGAAUUCGACUUGAUCUCCCUAUUGUACAUGAAGAUUUUGUUAACAAUAAUGAUGAAGUUGAGGAAACUAACAACCUCGAUGCAACUACUGCUGGAUUUGAUCCCUUUGUGACAAGUUCAUCUGACAGCAAGAAUUUGGCUUCUGAAUCAAGUAGAAGCCUAACAGAAGAGCAGCAACAGAGAAUUGAGAGAAAUAAACAGCUGGCCUUGGAAAGAAGGCAGGCAAAGCUACUGAGUAAUAGCCAGUCCCUAGAAAAUGACGUGUUAAUGAGUACAUCCUGGGCACCGACAGUUGAGAGCAGUAUUGGUGAGGAUCAAGAGGAGUCAAAUGGAUUAAACACAGACACUGCAAAUGGUCCACCUGAUGUUCCUUCUGCCAGUACAAAUGAGGAGGAACAGUUCAAAGAAGAGGAAACACAGCUGGACCAUAGUAACUCAGACUAAUCCAGAAUGUUCCAAGGAGCCAGCCCUCCACAACAGAAUCCUGCAAAUAUGGAGUUAUUUGUAAUUUUUUUUUCUACUUUGUGUUAUAAGACUUCUGUGGAUUCCUCUUUAAAAUACAGUGACUUUGUAAUUGUGUUUCCUAUUUUAGUAAGUCUAUUCUUUUUGGUGUUCUGUAUAAAUCUGCCUUUUUAAGUUAUUUUUAGUUUGCACUGAACUCUUUCUCACUAAAUUGAAUGAUGUUUUAAAAUGUAAAUAUGUACUGACUAUUAGGUCAGUUUUUAUAAAGAAAUAAAUGUAUUUUGCAAACUGUCAGAA